AUGUACGACUUCCUCGAGCGUGCAGACUCGGUACGUCCUGUAGUCAUUGUGCAAAGUGAGGAAAAGACAGUUCGGUUCGUGAUCGAGCUAGAAGUCAAGUGUUUGACGGUCACGCACUUGUGCCCUAACAUGUGGGUGACAAACCCGGCCCGUGGCUUGCAGAGGGGCUCGAGUCUAAUGUAG